AUGAGUCGCUCCGUCACUCCUGCUGAUGCCAGAGGCUCGUUGCCAAUAUGGACGGGAGCGCAAGGGUCAGGCGAGGGUGAUGAUAAACUGCUCAAGCCGACGAGCGAGACAACUCGAUCGCGUUGGGGAUCAGACUCUACCACGGGGUUGGUGUCUGGAAAUGGAAAAGGCACUUUACUUGGGAAACAUAACAACCAGAGGACUGAUUCCCUGACGGCACACGAUGUGCGCUCAUUGGAGGAUCUAGAGCUGGUGAAGUCUAGAAGACAACAAGGAGAGGAUCUGCUCGAGAAGAUCGCUGCUCUCACUUCAACAUUUGCAUCUUUUCAGGAACUCGCCGAUUCCGCAUCAACAAUAUUUAAUGACUUUGAGCGGGAGACAUCUGUGUUGGAUGGGGAUAUUCGGAGACAGAUUGGAGACCUGAAGGAUUUUCAGCCCCAGAUGCGAAAAAUAGAAAGGCUAGAACAGCGUAUGCGAUCAGGGAAAACGAAAGCCGACGCGCUUGGGAAGAGACUAGAAGCAAUCCGCAACCAGAUCGAUCUUUGGGAGAAAAGGGAGGUGGAAUGGCAGACACGAGUUGGUCGGCGGCUUCGAAUCUUUUGGGUUGUUGUUGCUCUUACCGUACUGGUUUUCUUCCUCGUUCUCAUCAGCCGCAAAUCCUCGGCAACUUGUAUUCCUGGAUUUGAGAGCCAUCUACCCGCUGAGAUGGGGGACAGACGCCCUUCUGCACUAUCCAUCCAACUACCGAAGACAGCUUCUGGCGAAGUAUGGUCUCGAUUUCACUCUGGCAGCAAGUCUCAUCCGGGAUGUUAUCGGAAGUCCCAUUCGACCCCUACACCGACAUCUCCAACAUUCAAUGCAAUGACAACUCGUGCUAGCUCGGAUUCCCUAAGAAAACUUGAUGAACUUUGA